CGGUACUUCCGGUAUGCCUGCAGCUAGCUCCGGUAAGCUUCGCGGAGUCUCUCCGGUAUAAACGCGGUGUGUCCGGUACUGCGACCCCUCAGGCCCCGGGAACAACUAGUGGACUGUCCGGUGUCAAUCAAUCACAACCCGAGCGAGUCCGCCCGGUGCUAACGGAACUUUUUACGCCAGAAAACUACGCAGAUAGCGGACCGAAGGACCGGACGGGCUUCCUGCUACAGUAACCGAGUUCACGGUCACCCCCCCCGCUGUGGUCCGGUCCAGCGGACGCUCCUCCCCGCUCCUCCCCGCGGGUCACCGGGAGGGGAACACCAUGGAGUUUCGGUGGAGCCUCCCCCAGUGCCGGGACAUGGUGAGGUAACGCGAGCCGCGCCCACAGAGCCUCGUCCCGGCAGAGACCUGUUGCGGCUUCCCGGUGACGCAGAGACGAUGAGCGGAGCCGCCGCGACCUUCCUGCUGCUGCUGCUCAGCGGCCGAGCUGCCCUCACGGUCUGCCGGUCCCUGAACGCACCGCGGGACGGUACCGACGGGCUGACCGCGACAGUCACAGGUGUGGACAGACGGUGGCGCCCCGUGCUGGAGAAGACCCGUCCCUUUGUACUGGUGGACGGACAGAGACGGAGCCUCGCUGAAGCGUUACAGGACGGUCACCCCAACAGGCUGCAGUGUGGACUGGAGGUGGGAGGACAACUCUUCCUGUUGGACCUGGAGAAGAACCACGACCUGCUGCCUAAACCACCCAACGUCUUCUACUACCUGCCCAAUGGAACCGGUGUGUCUGUGACAGCUGACCCUGUGACUCACUGUUAUUACCACGGCAGUGUCAGAGGAUUCCCUCAGUCCAGAGUGGCUCUGAGCACCUGCUCCGGACUCAGAGGCGUCAUCGCUAUCAACUCCACGCUGAGCUUCGAGCUGCAGCCCCAGGAGGACGACCACCAUCACCCCCACCAGCAGGGGGAGGAGGAGGGGGGAGGAGGGGAGAGUGGAGGAGAUGGCAGUGAAGGAAGUGGAGGUGGAGAAGGAGGUGAAGAAGGAGUCCAUCUAUUGUUCUCCACUAGUCCUCUGGAGGGCGAUGUUGCUGGAGGCUGCGUGGUGUCACACACUGCUUUACCCCCGAUCCACAGCUUCACUCACACACACAGGAAAAAGAGAGACAUCUUGUCAGAGACCAAAUACAUCGAGCUUGUGCUGGUGGCUGAUCACCAGGAGUUCAUGAAUUAUCAGAAGAACAACAACACCAUCAUCUACCGCAUGCUGGACGUGGCCAACCAGGUGGACUGGUUCUACCGUCCUCUGAACGUGCGGGUGGCUUUGACCGGUCUGGAGAUCUGGAGCGACCGAGACAAGAUCCAGGUGGAGAAGAGUCCUACGGACACACUCAACAACUUCCUGGAGUGGAGAACCAGAGAGCUGCUGCCACGCCUUCGCCAUGACAACGCCCAGCUCGUCAUGGGAGGGUCAUUUGACGGCACCACAGUGGGGAUGGCGUCCCAGUCGUCCAUGUGCUCCAGAGACAGGUCUGGUGGGGUUAACGUGGAUCACCUGGUCAGCGUGUUGGGCGUGGCCUCCACUGUGGCGCAUGAGCUUGGUCACAAUUUGGGGAUGAGCCACGACACGGCCGAACGCCGCUGCUCCUGCCAGAAUGAGCCGCGUCUAGGAGGAUGCAUCAUGGAGCCGUCGACUGGGUUCAUGCCAGGUCAGCAGUUCAGCAGCUGCAGCGCCGCAGAUCUGUCCGUCAGUCUGCUGCACGGAGGAGGGAUGUGUCUGUUCAACGUGCCGCAGCCCGACCUCCUGCUGGGAGGACCUCGCUGUGGAAACCUGUACUUGGAGCGAGGAGAGGAGUGUGACUGUGGCCUGCUGGAGGAGUGUGAUGACCCCUGCUGUAACGCCUCCACGUGUCAGCUGCUUCCUGGAGCUCAGUGUUCUUCUGACGGAAUCUGUUGUCACAACUGUAAACUGCGGGCAGCGGGCUCGGUGUGUCGCGAGCCGAUUGGAGAAUGUGACCUCCCUGAGUUCUGCACCGGCUCCUCCCCCCACUGUCCACCCAAUGUCUUCCUGCAGAACGGAGAGCUCUGCGAGGACGGCGCCUCCUACUGCUACGGAGGAGUAUGUGCCAGCAUGAACACCCAGUGUCAGACGCUGUGGGGACCCAACGCCACCAGUGCUCCGGCCGUCUGCUUCUCAUCUGUCAAUAAACAAGGAAACAAACAUGGGAACUGUGGUCAGCUGAACAACAGAUCCUACGUCCCCUGUGGAAACUCUGACGUUCACUGCGGACGGAUUCAGUGUCAGGGCGGGAGAGAGCGACCCCUGCUGGGCACCAACGCAGAGAUCCUCACCACCACUGUCCGCUUCAACGUCAGUGACCUCAUCUGCAGAGGAACCUUCUUCCACCUGGGAGACGACGUGUCCGACCCCGCCACUGUGGCCCAGGGCACCGCCUGCGGACUCGGAAAGGCCUGUUUGAACCAAAAGUGUCAGGACGUGUCCGUGUUCGGCGUUGACGACUGUCGCAGGAAAUGUAACGGUCAUGGGAGUCGGACCCGGUCAGAGUCGCCCUGCUCGUUGUCUUCCUCUUCAUCCUGCCAGUGCUCCUCCUCUUCCUCGCUCUUCGCUUCCCUCGUGUGCGUCGGAGUCUUCUCUGUGUUGGACCAAACAGCCCGUUUCGCAAAGCUCGACAACACAACCGUGUUACUCACAGUGAGAUGUGGGACUUGGAGUUUGACCAUAUCCACAUCUCCAGGUACUUGUAACUCAGACGAUGGAGCGAGUGGACGACGGCGAUCAGGUCCAACCGCUGAGAUACCACCUGAACCCACAGGCCGACAUCCCAAUGACGCCGCCCCACAAAGAGGUUCCUCUUCCACUCAAACCUAUCGUGCCAAAGAAGCCCCGCCCUCUGGCGCCACCAUCCCAUCCCCACCUUCCCCCUCUCCCACCUCAACCCGCUGCCUGCACCUCCAACACCAAACUCCGACCGCACAGCACCGUCGCACCUACAGGGUUUUCCAAAAGACGACCUCCUGCUCCUCCCAGCCGACCCACCAUCCCUCAGAAAGUCGAGUCCUCGUCGCCGCUUUGAGCUCGAUGGUUGCGUCUCCUCCGGACCUGAGGAUGACAAAGACAAUGAUGAUGAAGACUUUUCCAUCAUCAUCAUUGGAUUUCUCAUUUAAAUCCUUCAUGAACUCACAGAAACUGUCUGUACAUGUUAGUGCCUUGCUCAACACCACCUCAGCAGUGGACACUCAGGAAUCAAUCUUGCGACCUUUGACCCACAGUGGGUGUGUCAAAAGUGUCCUGGUGUCAGAAAACAGCGUCCCCUGGAGGCUCAGGGGGUUGAUUGCCUUGCUUGAGGACCCAGGAAUCAAACCUAGAAUCAUCUGACCAACAAUGUUUUCUGGACGUGAUCUGGCUCAAAAUGAACUGAAGCCUUAACCGAAGUCACCGGUUCUACCUGGGUUCCCUUGCUCUGAUUGGCUGAGCUGGAUCAUGUUUUUAUUUUUCUAUCCUGCAAGAGAACGUACGCUGCAUCAGCUGUUCGUGACGUCAUGCCAAAGAUGAGCUAGAUGAGUAAAGUGUGGAUGUAAAACUAUUAUUUUGAAAAAGGAUGUGUGGAAUUUUACUUCCUUCAAACUGUUUGUGACUUGAAACCAACACAAACUGAUUUUGUUCUAUAAAACAAUGUUUUCAGUGUAGCUUCCGUCAGAAUCGAUGACUCAUCAGUUUGUCUUCAUGCUCAUGUUCCAGUUUCACUCUCUACAUGUCAAACAUUACGUCCUAAUGUUAUGUAAAUAUAUAUUAUAUAUUUUUAUUUACACUUUAUUUAGUUUUAUACACAAACCGUUUGAAAUUAAAAGAAGAAAUUCGAACAUCGACAUGUUAUAAAAUCAAAAAGCUGCAGAAUGAUCGAUAAACUUAAGUUUAAUUUCAAUUUAUUUCUGUUCAACUUCAGUUUAACUUCAGUUUGACUUCAGUUAAGUUUAACUUGAGUUAAGCUUGAGUUAACACACAGACACACAGCAACAUGUACAUUGUAGAAUUUAUCAAACCGCUGCAGGACCGAAUGUUUUCACCCAACGAUCCUUAAAUCAUUCAGAUUGAUCGAUUGAUUUAUCAGCUGGUGUUCUUGCUCAAUAAAAACAGUUUCUACAUCA